AUAGUUCAAUAGAACUACUUUAUUAUAUGGAUGCACAUACAAACAGAGAGGAUUUCGAGGAUACAGUUCAGAAGCUCUAUGUAUGUAUUGCUAGGAGGAAGGCAGAUGGGUAGUAUAGAAAAAGGGUUGUUUCUCAUAUUCUUCUCUUACCUAUGUAUUUGUUCAACUUCAUCCCCUCUUUGGAAGGUCUUGCUUUCUUCAGUUCCUCUGCAGGAAACUCACUUGGGAGCAAAGUUUGCUAGCAGGUACGGCAGCGGUUCUGUUGCUGAAAGUGGUGGGAGUGGUAUAAAACAUAACAGGAAGAUUGAAGGUGCCCAUGGUCAUGGAGCUACUAGUGGUGUUGGAUCCAAUGGCAAUGGUGAGAAUGGAAAUAAUGGUGGUACGAAAUCACCUAAUACGCAAGGAGGUACAGCUACCAUCCCAGUAUAUGCGGCCGGUGCUGCCAAUAACCGACACCACAACCAUCAUCGUGGGUCUGGCAACCGCAACCGGAACUCCCUAGGACUUUCAAUCUUGGUUGCAAACACCUUGGCCGCUCUCCUUGCAGGUUUAUAUUACUAACAUCGGGAAACAAA